CCUUAGCACCCUCGACAAAUUCAUCAGAAUCAAGAUGUGGCUGUCGCUGAGAGCAGCUUUUGCCAUCGUUGUUGCCGUAGCAAUGGCGAAUUCGAUGACUGUGGACGGCUUGUCCUCUCCGUCUUCGUCAUCACCAAUACCACCACCUCCCCCCAUUUCCGUUCCGGUCUGGUCCUUCGCCACGGCAUCCACUGAACCGUGCAACACAAUAACUUCGAUGAACAUAAUGACAUUUUGCACUCCCGUCUCUGUGUCGUCUCCAAAGUUAUGGGCCUUGUCCUUUUAUCACGGGACGCUCACAAAAGAUUCCUUUCUCGGCAAUGAUGACGAGGACAACGACGACGACGUUCCUUCCACGGGCAUUCUUCAGCUCUUGACUUAUGACCAUCGGCAUUUGGUCCCGAUUCUCGGAAAGAAAUCGGGGCGAGAUAUCGAUAAGUCAGUCGCUUGCGGCGAAGAGGGGUUCCCUUGGUGGAAGAUUCCGAACCCAACACCUCCUACAACGCUCAGUAGCGUGGAUGAAACCGAAGGGUUCGACACUGGGGAUGGCAGAAUCAAGGGUUUCGAAGUUUUACCGGGGUGCGCAUUAUAUCUGCAAGUCGAGUGUCGUCGGUCGUCAAAAUCCUUAAUCGAUGCGGGAGAUCACGUUGUGGCAAUCUGCAAAGUAACAAGAACCGGUGUUUGGCAACCAGAACUCGGAAAAAUCCAAUGGUUGGACGAAUUCAACGGUGGCGAUAUAGAUACUGCAAUGUCCCUUCCUCUCGCUGCGAUCGAUGAAUCGAGAGCUUUGUACUCUGGUCGGCUUAGACAAGAAGGGAUCCUUUAGUAGACACAGUUCCACCCUCGAUUCGUCCUCGCGCACUGCCGAUCCAUCUGUCAUCUGAUCACAUUCUUGGGUCGGAUUUCAUACAGUGAUAAAUGUCCUACCGGUACAGAAUAAUCGUAUUAUGUCAAC